AUGAGGGGCGGGAUGUCUGGGUGAGGAAUAAAGCUACAGGCAUCUGCUGCUUCUCCUAGGCGAUAUAUUACAUAUAGGCAGUAUUUUCCUUUUUUUUCGUCUAAACGCAUCAUGAUAUGAUGGUUUAUCAUAUGCCUAUUUUUUAUUGUAUAUCUGCUUUGAGCGUCUUAAGGAAAAACAACUACAAUAUUUUAUUUUAGGAAGGUUGAUGAGCUUCUUUUUUUUCGGAAGGGAUAUUCCAAUAUAUUGAUGUAAAUAAGAUGCACUAUAAGAUCAGCGGUCUGGUUCGACUGGUAUCCAGAUGAUGAAAGCGGGAGGCAGCUAUUUUCUUCAUGUGGCAGAGAUGGAUGUGAAAACAGCCCCAUCAGCGAUGGAAGCCUUAGCUCGGAUCAGCUCUAACAUGAAGAGUCUGGAGCAUGAGUUGCAUUGUCCUGUGUGUAAGGAGAUUGUCAAGCAGCCGGUGGUUCUGCCGUGCCAGCACAGCGUCUGCCUGUUGUGUGCCUCCGAGGUCUUGGUGGCUAACGGCUACCCUCCUCCUGAGCUUCCCCCAGAGCCCAACUCUCCUGCCUCCACACCUAACACACGCUCUCCUCGUCAAGCACGCAGGCCCACUCCCAAACACGAACAGCGGCCCUUCGACCGAGUCCUACGAUCAGGUCCCCAUCCGCCUUCACCAUCCAUGCCUCGUUCUCCUGGACAUGGAACAUAUCCAGGGCGCCGCCGCAAGGAGGGUCCUCCUCUUGUGAUGAUGUUUCCCUGCGUCCCCUGUGGCCGAGAUGUUGAGCUGGGAGAGAAGGGCCUGACUGACUGUCUCCGCAAUCUCACAUUGGAGCGCAUAGUGGAGAGGUACAGACACACCGUGAGCCUGGGCAGUGUUGCUGUGAUGUGCCAGUUCUGUAAGCCUCCUCAAACUCUGGAGGCCACCAAGGGCUGUGCUGAUUGCCGGUCAAAUUUCUGCAAUGAGUGUUUUAAGCUCUAUCAUCCUUGGGGAACACCGCGAGCGCAGCAUGAGCACAUCCAGCCAACACUUAAUUUCAGACCAAAGGUUCUGACCUGCACGGAGCACGACCAGGAGAAGCUGCAGUUUUAUUGCAGGUCCUGCCAGCGGCUGCUCUGUCCACUCUGCAAACUGCGACGCAUCCACACUGGACACAAAAUCCUCCCGGUGGCACAGGCUUAUCAAGCCCUCAAGGAGAAGAUAACUAAAGAGAUGAACUACAUCCUGUCCAGCCAGGACACAGUUCUGGCUCAGAUCACCCAGCUAGAGAGCGCCAUCACUCAGACUGAGGUGAACAGCGUAUCAGCCAGAGAGCAGCUUGCCCAGAGCAUCAGGGAUCUGACGGCUGCCCUAGCUGAGCGCCACGCCUCGCUCACCCAGGCUCUGGAGGCGGCGCGGCAGAAACGAGGAGAGGCGCUGUCUGCUCAGGUGGCGGAGAGACGCGGCUUGAUGGAACACGCAGGGCUCAUGGCUUUCACUCAGGAGCUGCUGAAAGAAACUGACCAGCCCUGUUUUGUGCAGGCUGCUCGUCAAACUCAUAACAGGUUGAGCAAAGCGAUUGAGAAUCUUCAGCAUUUCACUUUGGCCGCUGAUCCGUCCUUCAGACACUUCCAGCUGGAUGUUUCCAAAGAACUCAAACUCCUGACAGAGCUGAACUUCAUCCAGGCUCCUCUGGCUCCUGUGAUCGACACCCAGCGCUCUCUGGCGUACGACCAGCUCUUCCUGUGCUGGCGUCUGCCUCAAGAGUCUGUGCCCGCCUGGCACUAUUCUGUAGAGUAUCGCCGCCGAGGCGUGGUGCCUGGAGGUGCUUCCAGGGGUGGGAUAAGAGGGGGGCUCUCUGCCGCCAGAUGGGGCUGGCAGCGGCUGGAUGAGGUGAACGGAACCAGCGCCGUGAUCGACAGGUUGGAGAUGGACAGCGUGUACGUGCUCCGCGUGAGAGGCUGCAACAAGGCGGGUUAUGGAGAGUACAGUGAGGAGGUGUACCUGCACACCCCACCUGCACCAGUGCUAAACUUCUACCUUGACUCCCGUUGGGGUCUCCAUGCUGACCGGUUGGUGGUAAGCAAAGAGCAACGUGGAGCUCGGAGCGUCCCUGGCCUCUCCUUGCUGCAGGCUGCCGACCACGCCCUCACUUCCUGCCACCUCACGUCAGACCUCCUGGUGGGGGAUGUAGCCAUCACACAAGGAAGACACUACUGGGCAUGCUCAGUCGAGCCUGGGUCUUACCUUGUAAAGGUAGGAGUUGGAUUAGAGUCCAAACUGCAGGAGUGGUUUCACCUCCCACAAGACAUGGCCAGUCCCCGCUAUGACCCAGACAGCGGCCAUGACAGUGGAGCAGAGGAUGCACUGGACUCUGCGCCACCCUUCUGCUUCCUCACUAUGGGCAUGGGUAAGAUAUACCUGCCCCAGCACAGCUACCACCACAGUAACCACGGGAACAACAAUAGAGACCCCCUCACCAACAACAAUGUGGCCUCCUCACCCACUGGGCUCACCUACCCACUGCCACCCAGGCUCGGCGUGUGCCUUGACUUUGAGAAGGGGCGGGUCACAUUCUACGACGCCCACUCACUGCGGCCCCUCUGGGAGGGUCACGUUGAUUGCUCUGGGCCUGUGUGCCCGGCUUUCUGUUUCAUCGGCGGAGGAGCCUUGCAGUUGCAGGAGCUGGUGGCCAAUCGCAAUGCUGAUCAGACUCCAGUCAGGAAGGUGACAAUUCAACCUCGCGUCUCCAAUUUAAACAACAACAACUGAUCCCUGAUCAGACAUGAUAACGGUAAUCUGGAAUGUAUUUGGCAAGUAUUUACUCAGCUACAGCAAAAAGGUAGACUUCUCAGCGAUUUCUUUUGUUUUAUAUUUUAUUUUAUCUAAUAAAACAAGAUGUUUCUAUAGCAGAAAAUAUGCAAUGUAAUUAUGUUUCUUAGAUUUUGUUACAUGCAGUUUUGCAAGAGUUCUUGCUUAAGCAGUGUCUGGUUAAUCCAGGCACUACUGGAUUAAGUUUGUAAUUAUUUAUUCAGAGCUUGCACUUGUAGCCGGGCUAUGUAACUUAUACAUCUGUGAAGCUUAUGUAAAAAAAAAAAAAAAGAAAGAAAAUAACUAAACACAGCUUUCUCUAUAAUGUAUAGGCUUUUAUCAAAUGUCCUUAAUGUCUGCCUUUGUGUUAUAUACAGAACCCUAAACACUUUUUGGCAUCCCUGGGAAGGAUGCAUGAAAAACCUUCAAAAGUACGACUUUAUUUUUCAAAUACUCGGUGUUUAAACAAACCCGAUAAUGUUAUAUUUAAGUUGUACAGCCUCCUUUCGUUAACCAUUUAGUCAGUGAUGGUUUUCGAUAACUCAUAUGGGCAGUUGCUCAGGCCCAAAAUUAAAUGAGGAAUGGGGUUUGUUCUCUAGGUUUUUUUACAGUUUCUUUUUUUUUUUUUUUGCAUGUGCAGUAAAUUGGCAGUUGAUUCCCCUGUUUCUGUUGCUGGUUGGGACUCCAUUGCAUUUUACUCCGCUGCAGACUUUGGAUAAUUACCCACUUUUGAUUGAUUGCGAAUAGAUGGCAGUUAUAAAGUAUUACCCAAGAUGCCAGUCAAGGCAGAUUUCUGACCAUUCCUCUUUGAGCAGUUUCUCUAAAUCAUCCAGAGCCUUUGGCUAUCUACAAUACCAUCUUCUCUUCUGCUCAUCCCACAGACUUUUAAUGAUUUUGUAAGAUUUAGGGCUGGGGAAUAAUUUCAGUUAAUUAAGUAACAUGCUUUGGGUGACUAUUCUAUUGAAAGAUCCCAACGAUGACUCAUUGUUAACUUCCUGAUAGCGGGCAGCAGAUUUAUGUUUUAAAAUAUUCUGCUUUUUCCAUAAUUCUAUACUGCUAUGCAGUCUGAGUGCCCCUAGACUGUAUGGAAGAGAAACAUACCCACAGCAUUAUAGACAUCCUCAAUACCUUAGACCAUAGACUCACAAAAAAUAUUUCUCCAAGAGUAUAAGAUUAAUUAAAUUUUAAAUUCCAUGAACUUUUAAUUAAAAGAUAAUUUUAACGCAAAUAUAUUAAAUAAACAUUACAUAAUGUACAUCAUUUGCUUAUUAAAGCUUAUUUAUUUGAAAUGCAUGAUCAUCUGGUUUAUUUGUAUUUAGUAUUAUUAAACUAUACUUAGUCAAAAUAUA